AUAUUUGGUUUAAGCUCUCUGGUAUAAUGAGAUAUUUUAACAACAAGAAAAAAAAAAUGGAAAUCAACAAUAAAUGAACGUUAAAAAUGCUUUAAAGAAAAAAGGAAAUAACAAAGGAAAAAUGGAAAUAAGAAAAGAAAAAUGGAAAUAUGGAAGAAAAAAGGAAAUUACAUUAACGCGUUAGAACAAAUUAUAAUCAGAGUUUUUUUUCUUAUAUAAACACAACAUUACCCAUUCACUUCUCCACAAUUUCAAUUUUCUCAACAAUCUCUCUCUCUUAUUCUUAUCUCUUUCUUACGAAUCAUCUUUCACUCUGUCUCUGAUUUUUGUCUAAUUUUCACUCCGACAAUGGAUACUGAAUCUUUCAAACUCGACGUUCAUGUUAAGGCUUGGUCUCAAGCUCCAUCGUCAGGGUUCUUAAGCACGGUAGUAAUCAGUCUAAACAGAGAAUUCGAGGAAUUUCUCAUUAACGAGAACGAUGAUAGUGUCAUGAGUCUCGGAUCUUACCCUGAUUCUUCUCUUCACGACCCACUAAUCUCUCUGAAACUCCCAAGUUUCAAACCAAACUACGUCUAUCAACUUCUCCAAACCCAACUCCACGAUCAUGUCUUGUCCGAACAAAUAUCUUAUAAGGUUGUCGAAGCCCAACGGCAAAGAAGUCAAAGUUUUUACUUGCCACAACAACAACCUUUAUUCAUGAUAGUCUCUGUCAAAUUGACACAGAAGGUAUACAACGUUGUGCCUUGUAGUUCUGCUUCGUUGGCAACAGAUUUGGACCAAGAGAGCCAAGAAGAAGAAGAAUCGAAGACUUGUGCCAUCUGUUUGGAGAAUCUGUCGAGAUCCGAGGAUUAUUGCCAGAUGCCUUAUUGCUCUCAUUGUUUUCAUGAACGAUGUGUCACUAAGUGGGUGGUUGGACAUAAUAACUCGUGCCCUCUCUGUCGCAAACCUGUUGACAAAUAACAAGAGUGAAACAGAGUCUAAUUAGGGUUUCAAGAUAUGUUUUUAUUUUGUGGUCUUAGUGAUUUUGUUAACUUGUUUCGAAUGUCUAUUUAGGGUUUUCACUUUUAUGUUUUGUGUUAGAGGUAAAUUAGGGCUUUUUCAUAGUUUAUAUAUCUG